AUGCAACAGCCAAUCCAGCCUAAGAAAGUCAGGAGUAAUAAGGUAAUCACACAGGAAUGGAGAACUAAAGGUCCUAUACCUAAUGCAUCUGAGCCACUAAAUACAUCCUCUUCUGAGACUCAACAACAAGUUGUCACCAAUCUGGAAGCUGAAGUUCAUAGAAGAGCAAUACAAACACCUAAACCUAAGGAGAGCAAUACUCAUCAAAACUUGGAGCCUGUAGCUGAGAAACAGGACGAUAAAGGCAAGCAGUACAAAGUGAAAAGUAGAAAGGGAGAUAUAGAUUUCUUACUCACUGUAGUUUAUGGUUAUAAUGGGAUAGAACAAAGAAGAGCUCUAUGGGAACUACCUUGGAAGGGUGACUAUUAUACAUGGACAAAUAAACAACCUGGUGUAGAUAGAGCCAACAGUAGACUGGAUAGAGUCUUUGGUAACUAUGAAUGGAUGAUGUCCUGGGGCCAUGUGGAAACUAACUAUGGUUUGCCUCAAAUAUCAGAUUAUGCUCCUAUGUUGUUAACACUGUCAUCUUCAACAUGGACUGGUAGAGUACCCUUCAGUUUUUUCAACAUAUGGGCAGCACAUGGAGACUUUUCUCAAAUAGUGGCAAACAUAUGGAAUUCUCACAAUACUUGUGGAACUUUGAAAUCAGUAUGGACAAAGUUGAAAGUCUUGAAACCUGCUCUGAAACCUUUGAAUUCUAGGGAAUUCAGUGGCAUCACUCAAAGAAUUGAAAAGGCUAGACUAGAGUUGAAGACCAUUCAAGAACAGAUAUCAAUAACUUGUACUGAUGCUUUGUUAGAUAUGGAGAAGGAAAUACUACUCAAUCUUGAGAAGUGGUCUUUAAUUGAGGAGAGUGACCUACAACAAAAGGCUAGAACAAGAUGGAUACAGCUUGGAGAUUCCAACUCAAAAUACUUCACAGCAGUAAUGAAGGAUAGAACUCAAAGGAAGCAGAAUACAGAAAUCACAACAUUACUAGGAGACAAGUUGACUGACCCAGCAACUAUGGAAAAGGAGAUCAUAGAUUUAUAUAAGAGUUUAAUGGGAUCAGUUGCCAAUUCCUUACCUGCAAUAAACAGAUUAUACAUGAAGAAUGGUCCUACAUUAUCUCAUCAGCAAAGGAUGGAUUUGUGUGCAGAGUUUUCUUCAAAAAAAGCUUGGGGCAUUAUCAACAAUCGGAUUACAGAGGCUAUAAAGGAGUUCUUCUCAACUGGAAAGAUCUAUAAGGCAAUAAAUUGUUCCACUAUCACAUUAGUUCCUAAAGUGACCAAACCUGCCAUAGUCAAAGAGUAUAGACCAAUAGCCUGUUGUUCAGCUCUAUACAAGAUGAUCUCUAAAAUCUUGGCUUCUAGACUGCAGAAAGUCAUGCCAACUAUAAUUUUUGAAGCUUAA